AUGUUGGGACAGAGUAUGCGGAGGUUCAUCGCCUCUGUGGUCUGUCGCAGCCACUAUGAGGAGGGCCGGGGGAAGAAUUUGCCAUUUUUGGUGUAAAACAAAUGCUUUGGAUCUGGAUUUGCUGCUCCUUUCUUUAUAGGAAGACACCAGCUACUUAAAAAAUGAGAAUAUUUAAUUCAUCCCUUUAACAGAGUGAAGAUUGUUUAAGAGAUGUGAUCUGAAAAUUGG